AUGAAAACACAAUCUCCAAGCUUGGAUGAGGAGGAUUCUUUGUCCGAUAGCCAUCGUCAGGAUAGGAACAUGAACAGUGAUAUCGAAAAAGUCUCCGAUCAUACAGAUGAUGAAGGAAGAACUACAAAGAAAACGAGGAACGGCAAAAAACGUAAAAAAUCAAAUAUGUCUGAAUUGAGUGAUGAUAACGAUGAUUCGGGAGACAAGGAGGAAGCUUCACGAAAAGAAGGAGGAGCAUCCAGAAACAGUGCAGGAUCAUCAACAACAAAUUCUCAAAAGAAAAAACCAACCAGAAGAAUGAUUGAUAAGACAAAAAAGAAAAAAGAAGAGGAAAAAAAAGAUUACGAAGAUGAUGAUGGAGAUGAACAAGAAUAUGAAGUAGAAACAAUACUUCUUUCAAAGAAAAAACAAAACAAGGUCUAUUAUCUUGUGAAAUGGAAGGGAUGGCCAGUUAAGGACAGUACAUGGGAGCCAACUGAGAAUCUCUCAAACAUUUCAAACAUGAUUGAACAGUUUGAGAAACGUGUGGCUCCAACUCUUGAUAAAAAGUACAAACAAGGACAAUCAGAGUUUCUUCCAGAGAAAAUUACAGAUUCUCGAAAAGUUAAAAACAAAACGGAAUAUCUUGUUCAAUGGAAAAAUUAUCCUGUGCAGACAUGGGAACCAGACACCUCUGUAAGACGAAGUCUAAUCACAAAAUACAAGUCAGAAAAUGGAAUUCGUUUCCAAAAGAUCAUUGGCGGAAAGAGUAUUGCAUCAGCCUCUAAGGACCAAAGUAGUGACAGUGAAACACAGGUGGAUAGCGACCCUGAAAUUCCAGAGCCACCUUCUAAAAAACAGAAAAAUCCCUCACCAUCUACGCCUUCUUCACCAAAUACAUCAAGUCGCUCUUCGAAAUCCAAAAACAUACAGACCGUAUCUGAGCAAGAUCUUGCACACAUGGAUUUCAACAUUGCAAGUGUUAAAAAGAAACACAAUUCAUUUCAGGUGUUUGUAAAAGAUAUGAACUCUGGUACGCUCUACGUUGCCGCACUUCAAUCUCUUCGAACUAAUGAAAAACAUUUGCAAAAAUUGGUAGACUACCUACUAAGCAAGAUUGUAUUUGAUAACAAGAAAAAGCAUGAAGAACAUUGA